AUGGAUAUGGUUGGCAAGUCUACCUAUCAAGAAGUUUGUGUCAUAUUACUAACCGUUGGUAGGAUUCCACUGUCUGUUGUCAUCGGAGCUGUCUUCCCCAUCGCCCUCUGGCUUGUUUCUCGCAAGUGCAAACCGAUUUACGGUUGGGAAGUAUGCAAGCUGGUCACUCCCGUCAUCUUCCACAAUGCCUCUGAGACGACGUCAGGUACGACGUCUGUGAUAUGUUCUGAAGUUGCGACCGGAUUGUGGUCUCAAUGGUACAUGCGUCUGCGCCACCCUGCCUGGUUCGGCAAAUACAACUAUAUAGUCGGCGGUGGUCUUGAUGCCGGUGCUAAGGUUAUGAUGUUUAUUCUGACUUUUGCUGUCGCUGGCGGCUCUGGAAAGGAGGUUCCCUUCCCUACGUGGUGGGGAAACCCUGAGUCGAGUUCGAAGCAGUACGCUGAUUACUGUGGUACUGGUUGA